AUGGCCGAGGCCGGCACUAAGCCUCAAGGCGUCGAUCGAAAGAAGCCAAACUGGGUACCCGGUGGAAGAUAUUUGCAGCGAGCACACGCCUUGGCAGUCGCAGCCGCAGGCCUUGCCCACCGCCGGGAGGUCGACUCAAGCAUCAGGGAACGAGAACCAAGUCAAGUGCGGACCAUUGAUCGAAAACAGGGCCAGAUAGUCUGUUGGGAUAUCGAAGGCAGGGCUGCAACGGUUUCAAACACGCCAUCGACACUUUGGGUGAUUCGUACCCAUUGUCGGCGUGAAGUCGAACCCCGUCAAGUUGGCCAGUUCCCAGAGGAAGCGCGUCUUGUCGUCUUGAAGCCCCGUACAUCGCUCAAGUUUGCCGACAUACCCCCAACACCCGAAUGGCUCAAGACAAGCGAACUUGUUGGCAUACACGGCCCUAUAGGCUCCAUCGGAAAUCGACUUCCGGGAAAAGGUCAUUCGUUCUAUCAGGCAGGAUCCAGGGAUCACGGCAGCAAGUCACUGUCCGGAGAAUUCGAUUGA